AUGUCCGUGCCGCAGUACCAGCCACCGAAAGAAAUCCAAGACCUGUUAGACAAAAAAGAGCAACAACAGAUCAACCAGCGCCGGCGUACAGCCGUUCUUCCCAAACGCUCCUGGAUAAAGCGUAACCCGCGUCUGUUCCAGAUCACCUUUCUCACCGGCUCGCUCCUGAUAUUCUUUUCUAAACCAUUGUACGACUGCUUCAUCGCUGAUCCUCUGCCACCGCCGGAGGUUAAGGUGCCGCCGCACAAACGCUAAGAGGACAGGGGGGCAUGGAAUCCGUGCGCAAAGCUAAUCAACGUCUCCGCAACUAUCCACUUCUGCUGGGCAAGUGCGCGGACAAGGCUUCGGUUUACGCCGUGUGUGUGUCGCGGGAUCUCAACGUACAGCAUAAGAUCUGCGAGGCCGAGUUCAAAGAAUUCAUUAGCUGCAUUCGUAAGAGUGCCCAGGAGAUGAAGACCAAGCUGUAGACAAUCGAAAACAAUAAACAACAAAAUGACCAAACACAAGGCCGCUGCCACUACGAAGGCUACGGGACGGCAGCCGUCUUUGGGUCGCCGCAUCCUGCAAAUGAGUUUCCGCACACAUCUUUUGAUCUCGGCGCUGCUACGCGUUGUUCUAAUAUGCUACGGACAUAUACACGAUAGUAGGUCUCCGGUUCCCUAUACAGAUAUUGACUACAAGGUGGUCACGGAUGGUGCCCGGCAGGUCUUAGCCGGCGGAAGCCCAUUUUCUAGGCACACGUACCGCUACAGUCCGAUUAUGGCGUACAUACAAACCUUGAACAUCCUCCUACAUCCUGCGUGGGGCAAACUGGUCUAUGCCACCUUCGAUCUACUCAUCGCCGUACUCAUUUACCGCCUGGUGCACAUGGAGAUCAAGAGUCAGUACCAGAAAACCGUACAACACCUGCUCAGCAAGUUCAACAGGCCCCGGGAGUCGGACCAGUCGCUGGAUGCUUUGGAUGAGAAGAGUCAUCCCGAAAACUUGGCUCGCGCCUCCGCGUGCUUUUGGCUCUACAAUCCUUUGACGGCUGUAAUAUCCACCCGGGGCAGCGGCGAUUGCUUCUCCAGUUUCUUUGUGAUCCUGACCAUCUAUCUGCUGAUGAGAUCGGAGCACAAGGAGUCUAAGAGUUUGUGGCUUAUCUUUUGCGCGGGCUUAGCCCACGGUCUGGUGAUCCACCUUCGCCUUUACCCCCUGCUGUUUAGCUUGGGAUACUACCUGGCGCUGUCCACCAGGCUGACGCGGACUCCUCUAGAUUUCUUGUGGCAAAUCUUGCGCCCCAACACGCAGCAACUGUGCCUGGUAGUUGGCACCAUUCUGAGCCUAGUGGCCUUAACCUGGACCUUUUAUUUGAUGUACGGCUGGGAGUACAUCUACGAGGCUUACCUCUACCACUUUGUGCGCAAGGACCCCCGCCACAACUUCUCUGUGCAGUUCCUGAUGCAGUACCUAGGUAGUACCGCGGAUACCUCGGUCCUUGUGAAGUUUCUUGUAAUGGCCCCACAGCUCUUGCUUGUCCUCUACUUGAGCCUGAGCUUAGGCCAGUUCCGGCAGACGCUCCCCUUCUGCAUCUUCACCGUGGCCUUUGUGAUAGUCACCUACAACUCGGUGGUGACUUCGCAAUACUUUAUCUGGUAUCUGGCUAUCCUGCCGCUGUGCCUAAACAACUUUAAGCGGCUCUCGUGGGGGAAGUGCUUUAGCCUCCUGGGCUGGUGGCUGCUCGCCCAGGCGCUGUGGCUCCUUCCAGCCUAUCUUUUGGAGUUCCGGACGUGGAACACCCUCUACUGGAUCGGAGUGCAAGGCGCCAUCUUCUUCGCCACCAAUGGCUACAUCCUGGAGCAGCUUCUGAGCCAUUAUGGGUUCACCCAAUUUAAGAUAAGCUAUAGGAAGUUAUUAUAAAGCAAUCACACAACUUCAAGUAGAUGCGAAUAGUUUUGAAUAAGAGUUUAUUGCUACAAUAAAGUAAAAUUUUAAUUGAAAGGA